AUGUCUGACACCAACAAACAAGACAUGGUCCCAGACAACCAGAGUGAAGCUGAUGAAGAGGCAGGCCUGGACCCUGGGUCCCUAGGCACUCCCUUGGUGCCUGUGGAAUGGUUAGCUGCAGUGGCAGGAGUUGCAGCCCUUUUGGCUUUCCAGGUGGUUGUGAAAGCUUUUGAGGAGGAGCGUGAGGAGAAAGUGGUCUGGCCCGCCACGCCAGAGAACAAGAACAUACAGCUUCUAGAGGAGGAGGAGGAGGAGGAGGAGGAGUUGAUGGCAGAACACUACCAGGAAUUGGAGGACGACGAUUAUGAUGAUGGUGGCGAGGAAGAGGAAGGAGAUGAUGAGGAAGACGAUGGCGGGCGUGAGGAGAACGAAGAGGGUGCAGCAGCUGCUGGUGUCUAUUUUUCUGAGGGUAGAAUACUGAGUGCCGAAACCAUGUAUAAGCUGGGAUAUUAUUUCCAUGACAUUGUGGUCCCUAAGUCUCUAUCAUUGCUGGCUGAUGUAGCAACUGCAUAUAGCUAUGAAAUUUCUGAUGAAGAGUCUGAAGAAUAUGGAGUUGAGGAAGACCAAGAGGAAGUGGGUGAAAAUGAAGAACUCGAAGAAGGACCCAAGAAGAAUCUGGACUCAGGAGGUGGCAACUUCUCUUAA